AUGGGGAAGGAUUCCGUCAUCAGUGAAUGGUUCAGCGUGACUUCCUCCCUCAUCUCCACCCGUGCACUCUCAUUGGGGAAGUCUGAUAAGUGCAGGCAUUGCAGGAGGAGCUUCAGCCAGAGCUCCUGCCUCACCUCGCACCAGCAGGUCCACGUGGGAGAGAAAACCUACGAGUGUCCUGAAUGUGGGAAGACCUUCAGCCGGAGCUCAUACUUGAGCCAACAUCAGAGAAUCCACCUGGCAGAGAAACCCUUCAGCUGCUCUGAAUGUGGGAAGAGUUUCACACGAAACUCAGACCUCAUCAAACACCAGCGUAUCCACACUGGCGAGAAGCCCUACCAGUGCAAUGAGUGUGAAAAGACCUUCAGCCAGAGGUCCAAUGUGAUCAGGCACCAGCGGACCCACACAGGAGAGAGACACUACCAAUGCAAUGAAUGUGGGAAAAGCUUCAGCCAGAACUCACAUCUCAUCGUCCAUCAGAGAAGCCACAAGGGUGAGAAACCAUUCAAUUGCCCACGGUGUGAGAAAAGCUUCAGUGAUCGCUCUUCCCUGAUCAUCCACCGGAGAGUCCACACUGGAGAGAAGCCUCACAAGUGCCAGGAGUGUGGGAAGCGUUUCCGGGACAGCUCAGCCAUCAUUCGGCAUCAGAGGAUCCACACAGGAGAGAAACCGUAUGAGUGCACAGAGUGUGGGAAAACCUUCCGCCAGAGCUCCUCGCUGGUGACCCACAUGAGGACACACACGGGUGAGAAGCCCUAUAAAUGCCCAGUGUGUGGAAAGGGCUUUAGCCAGAGCUCAGCACUUACCACUCAUCGUCGGAUCCAUGCGGGAAAGGCCUUACCCAUGUUCCACAAUAGCCUGCUGCCCAACCCUUACCAGUGCGCCGAGUGCGGCCGGAGGUGCAGCGACCACUCCACUCUGCUCAAACACCAGAGCACGCAUGCAGAAGAGAGGCCCUACAUCUGUGUGGAGUGCGGGGACAGCUUCCGACGGAGCUCAGCCCUCAAUGUGCACCUGAGAAUCCACCGAGGGGAGAGACCCUACAAAUGUGAGGAAUGCGGAAAAACCUUCAGGCACAGCUCAGCUCUCGGUGCGCACCUGAGGAUCCACGCAGGAGCCAAGCCCUAUGAGUGCAGUGAGUGUGGGAAAAGCUUCCGGAAAAGCUCAACGCUUAAAGUGCAUUUGAAAAUCCACACAGCCAAGAAACCUCAUAAAUGUACAGUGGGUAGGAGAGCUCUCAGUUCCCGCUCUCUUCUACCAUAG